AUGACUCUUUACCUGUUCCCCCAAUUCAAUGCCUCACACGGCAUUCCUCAGCUAGAUUGUCGCGACCUCGUUUCGGGCGACGGGCGGCGCCUUAGACUACGUGGAUAUUUCGUCGGCACGCUUGUGAGGACAAUCACGCCACCAGUCGAAGUCUCCUCGGUUCCUGGUCACCGCUUUGAUUAUUCUUACACCCUCCGAAAUCUCAUAAAGACAUGGAAACAGCACAUAGCAGAAGAUGCUUUCAGUGAGCUCCGAGAGCUGGACAAGCCGUUGUUCAAAAAGGAAGCCAUCGCAGAGUUUUCGGGGAUGUGGGAUGACAUGGAGAAAGCCGAUAAAUAUCUGUUCGAUUCGUCAGGGCCCGCAGAGUAUGGAACGAGUAAGAAAAUACAGAUACUAGUCUGGCUGCAAUCCAGAGUCAUGAACAUCUUUCUCACAUGUGGAGGUUGCUUUGGCGUCGGAACACACGACACGAAAGAGGGCGACGAGGUCUGGAUUCUCUGCUCAGGAUUUAUGCCACUCAUUUUACGACCGAUCAAAAGCAACGGUGAGCAGAGUGAUGAUAAUGGCCAAGUUGAUGGUCCAGCUACGUUCAUUCUACCAGAGAUGCAGGAUAGAUAUCAUCUGGUGAGUGACUGCUACAUGCCCGGGAUAAUGAACGGCGAGCUCUCACUCGAAGGAAAUUCUAAUUUACGAACAAUCACGUUAUGUUAA